CUGUCCCUCCUCCGGCCCAUCCACACAUCCCACUCCUCUUCUUUAUAUAAGUCUAUCCAUACCCCUCCAUUUCCUAUCACCUGCAAGCCCCUCAUCUCCCACACUCAUCCUUAAACCUCCCCUCAAGCUCCUCACCCCUGCUUCCAAAUUAUUCUUAAUCACACUAAUCACCACACUAAUCAAUCCAUUAAGAGCAUUAAAACCCACCACUUAAUGGGAAACACCGACGCCGCCUACAUGGCCGGCGUUGAGCUCGCCCACCGAGUUCCCAUCCCCCCUCCUCGCCCCUUCAUCGACACCUUCCUCUCCAACCUAAAAGAAACCUUCUACCCCGACGACCCCUUCCGUCAGUUCAAACAAGAAAAAGGCGGCCGGCGAGUCAUCCGUGCCCUCCAAUACUUCCUGCCCAUCCUCGAAUGGGCUCCAAACUACACUCUUAGCUUCUUUCGCGCCGACCUCAUCGCCGGCAUCACUAUAGCCAGUCUUGCCAUCCCCCAGGGCAUCAGCUACGCCAAGCUAGCUAAUCUUCCUCCUAUACUUGGGCUCUAUUCGAGCUUUGUGCCGCCGCUGGUGUAUGCGAUGAUGGGGAGUUCGAGGGAUGUGGCGGUGGGUACCCGCGUGCUUCGCCGGCGUUCUACAGGCGGCUGUGGGCCUGCUUAGUUACCCGGUUUACAUUAUUAUCAAAUAAAAGACAACCACACUUUAACCUCCUAUAGGACUAAAUCAUGUGUGGCUGCAUGCAGGCUUGGGUUUAUAGUCGAUUUCUUAUCGCACUCAACCAUAGUUGGGUUUAUGGGUGGAGCAGCAACUGUAGUUUGCCUGCAGCAGCUGAAAGGGAUUAUGGGACUCGAGCACUUCACCACCAACACUGAUCUUACCUCAGUGCUAGAGUCCAUCUUCUCACAAGUUCAUCAGUGGAGGUGGGAGAGCGUAGUUCUCGGUUGCGGCUUCCUUUCCUUCCUCCUCACCACACGCAUCUUGAGCAAGAGAGGAGCCAUGUUCUUUUGGCUAUCAGCAGCGGCACCAUUAACAUCGGUGAUAUUAGGAAGCCUCGUGGUGUUUUGCAGCCAUGCCGAUACUCAUGGCGUCCAAGUGAUUGGCCAUCUUACCAAGGGGCUGAACCCUCCCUCUUUGACCAAAUUGACAUUCUCUGCGCCGCACGUGAUGGUGGCCCUCAAAACCGGAAUGGUCACUGGAAUCAUUGCCCUUGCAGAAGGAAUUGCUGUGGGGAGAAGCUUCGCCAUGUUCAAGAACUAUAACAUCGACGGGAACAAAGAGAUGAUUGCAUUCGGAACCAUGAACGUGGCUGGAUCAAUGACAUCGUGCUACCUUACUACAGGACCUUUUUCACGAUCGGCGGUGAAUUACAACGCCGGUUGCAAAACAGCAGUGUCCAACGUGGUGAUGGCAUUGGCAGUGAUGAUCACUUUAUUAUUCCUCACCCCUCUGUUUCACUACACUCCUCUGGUUGUUCUGUCAUCCAUCAUUAUCUCGGCCAUGUUAGGUCUUAUAGAUUACGAAGCUGCCUUUCACCUAUGGAAGGUUGAUAAGAUUGAUUUCUGCGUCUGCAUUGGUGCUUACCUUGGAGUCGUCUUUGGGAGCGUCGAGAUUGGACUUGUUACCGCGGUGGGGGUGUCAAUACUUAGGGUUUUGUUGUUCAUUGCGAGGCCAAGGACGACUAUGUUGGGCAACAUUCCGAACUCCAUGGUUUAUAGAAGAAUGGAUCAGUAUCCCGGAGCGCAGAGUAUUCCUGGUGUUCUUGUGCUUGGCAUUGAUGCUCCAAUCUAUUUUGCUAAUGCCAAUUACUUGAGAGAGAGGAUCUCCCGAUGGAUAAACGAGGAAGAAGACAGGCUUAAGAUUAGCGAGAAGGCCAGCUUGCAUUAUGUGAUACUUGACAUGGGUGCUGUGACAAGUAUUGACACAAGUGGAAUAAGCAUGAUAAAGGAGAUAAAGAAAGCUCUGGAAAGAAGAGAGCUUCAGUUGUUGCUGGCCAAUCCUGGAAGUGAGGUGAUGAGGAAGCUCGAUAAAUCGAAGGUGCUUGAGAUUAUUGGUCAUGAUUGGGUCUUUCUAACUGUAGGAGAAGCUGUUGGUGCCUGCAAUUUUAUUCUGCACACUGUAAAAACAGGAAAUCAUAUGGAAAAUGGAGCGGGGAUAGGCUUGGAUAGCCAUGUUUGAAAGACUGCUAUAAGAUUAAUGUACUCAGUUAUAUCCUUUAACUGAGUUCUAAGAGCUCUGCUAAUUCGCUAAGUUAUAGGAUGGUAGUUAUCAGCUUAAGUGUGCUUCUUUGUCCUUUUUAUAAGCUUGUGGAAGCAUUUUUCUUGCUUUGCAAGCCCCUUUGGUCGAAUUUAGUAGACCAUCUUUUGUCUGUGGAUAUUGGGUUCGAGCGUUUUGCCACCCUUUCAAGCAAUUGUAACCAUGAUUGCGUUGUAUUAUCUUUCAAUUAAUUUAAGAAUUAAGUGGAAGCUGCUAUGUAUGUUUUUGCUGCAAAUGAUACAUAUGUUUUUUUUGGCACUUGCAUGCAUAAACUCCUUACGUGAUGGUACUUUAUACAAAGAACAUGGCAGCCCUAAUCCCAAGAAAAAAGAAUAACUUGGGAGGACAGAAUGACCGAUCGGACACGUUUGGUGAUGGACGAUGGAUUAGACACUAGAAAAGAAUUUUUAGAUCGAGCAAUCAGAAGAACAUGCCAAGAAAUUCCCCAUAGGAUGCCAACCAGGUCUCAGGUCAAUCGGCAGAUUACUCAGCCUCAGGUCAAGCAUCGACGGUGUCAAGGCGAGG